AUGUCCAUCCCCAUGAGCCCCCUCGACGCAGAGAAAGUCGCCGCCGCAAAGACAAGCCUCGACGAAGAAGGAUACGCCGUUAUCCCCUCCAUCCUGGACAACGACUCCAUAAAACUAGUCCACUCCCGCCUCUGGGCCGCAGCGACAGAAACCCAAAACCGGGGGACAGAUCUCCACAUGCCAGCGCUGGAUCCCAACGCCUCAAACGUCCGCGUCUUCUACCUCAUGGAGCUGGACGCCAUAUUCCGCGAAUUAAUCCAGCACCCGGCCGCACUCCAGAUUGCGAAGGUGGUUGUCGGCGAACAGCUCCUCGUGUCGAAUUUCACGGCGAAUAUUGCAAGGCCCGGGUCGGGGUCUAUGCAGCUUCAUUCGGACCAGUCGCUUGUUGUCCCUGAGCCGUGGGAGCAUGCUUGGGGGGUGAAUAUUAUCUGGUGUCUCACUGAUGUGUAUUUCGAGAACGGGGCUACGCUGUUUAUACCGGGGAGUCAUAAGUGGAAGCGCAAGGAUGAGGUCCCGGAGAAUGCAAAGGAGAUGUUGAAGCCGUUUGUGGCGAAGGCGGGCUCGAUUGUUGCUAUGGAUGCGCGGGUUUGGCAUACGUCUGGUAAGAAUAUUACCGAGGACAAGGAACGGGCACUGCUGUUUGGGUUCUAUACGGCGCCGUUCUUAAGGCAGCAGGUGAAUUGGACGGCGGUGUUUGCGGGGGAGACGGAGGAGGUGUUGAGUCCGGAAUUGCGUGAGUUGCUGGGGGUUGAUAUUGAUGCGAAUGUGGGGAGGGCGUCGAAGAUUGGGGCUGGGAUUGAGAAGCAUGAGGCGCAGAGAGCGCCUGUUUAUUAG